UUUAGACUCAAAUGAUUAAAACCACUAAAACACAAGGAUUUAAAAAGUAAUUUACUCAAAAUAUAGUUUUGUUUAAGAUAAAGUUAUCAAAAGGGAAGUGUAGAACACAUUUCUCUUUAUCCUACAUUCUGUACGCGACACUCAGAUGAGGACGCGUGGCAGAUUUUUUUUUCUCAUAAGGGCAAAUUAGACAUUUAUAAUCAUCAGUAGGGUAAAUUAGACAUAUACAAUCAUCAGGAGGAGAUUGUGAGUUCGGUAUACCCAUUAUCCCGGUAAUUACGAUUCGUAUCAGUUUCAAAUAUUCACAUUUUUUAAACUAUCAAAUUUGUGGUUAAAGUUGUGUGUCCAUGGAUCCACAGAGCAGUACUGCACGAAGCAUAGAGGAUAUUAAAAUUGAAGAUGCUGAAGUCCAUGGCGUUCAUGAUGCGACUGAACAAGUACGAAAUCCGACAUAUGUAAACGUUCUAUUAGAUGAUCUGACCAGAUGGAGAAAUUACGAGGUCGAGGAAAAAAUAAAUGCUACUGGAAAGAAGACGAGACACGGUUAUUAAUCGAAGUUCUUCAAGAUAUGGCUUCUGAUCCAUCGUGGAAAGCAAAUGGCGGGUUUAGAAGCAAUUACAUGGUUGAGGUGCAUAGAAGGAUCAUUACCAAAAUGCCACAUUUUUCGAAACGAGUUUCACCUCAUAUCGAGUCAAAAGUCAAAUGGCUAAAGUCAAAGUUUCAUGUUAUUAAUGACAUGGUCAAACAAAACGGGUGUCGAUGGAAUGAAGUGGAAGAAAAGAUAGCGUGCGAAAAACAAUGGUACAAAAGUUAUUGCCAGAGUCACAAAGAAGCAAAAGGAUUAUGGGAAUUUAAAUUCCCAUUUUUCAACCAACUUGAAUUAGUAUAUGGAAGAGAUAGACCCAAUGGUGCAGUUGUUGAAGCGAAUGAUGAUGUCAUCCCCAAACUGGAAGUUACAGUUGUUGAAGCAACCGGUAAGUUAGUUAAUAGCGAAAGUGAAGAUGAAAAUCAUAAUGAAUCGGAUGAUUCUCUAAGCGAAGAAGAAGAAGAUGAUGACGCGAAUAAUGAUAAUAAAACGUCGUCACAAGCAACACCGACGCCUGCAAGAAAAAUGUCUGUAAAACGAAAAACAACGCCAAAUAUCGAAGAUGGGAUUACGAAGAAAACAAAAACAACAUCAUCACAUGAUGAUAUUGUGGCCCGUUUAGAUGAAUUCGAUAGUAGUUUUCGGGCUUUUGUAGAAGGAUUUAACGCUAGUUUUGCAACUAUGGCAAAUCUCGUGACGAGCAUUGUGACAGACGAUAACAUUCGCCAAAAAACCGCGUCAGAAAAGCUAAAGAAUGCGAUUAACGAGAUCAUGAAGUUUAACCUUUCGAGUGAUGAUGUGUUCAAGGCCACUGAAAUAUUUGCUGCGAACAAAAACAAGAUUGAUGUGUUUUUCAGUCUUCCUGAACAACUGCGAGUGUCGUAUGUGAUUAGAAAUUUUAAUUCCAAAUUUGUAAAUAUGGAAAACGCUAAGAUAGACGAUGACAUCAGCGAAAAACGCGCGUUAAGGAAACUGAAAGAUGUGCUUAUUGAGAUUACGAAACUUAAUCUUUCGAGUGAUGACGUGUUCAAGGCUGCCGAUAUAUUUGCUACAGAAAAAAACAAGAUUGAUGUGUUUUUUAAUCUUCCAGAGCAACUGCGUGUGCAGUAUGUGAUGCGGUUAACAGGUCAAUCCUCGAGCAAUUAGAUGACAUGGGGGUAUAGUUGUAAUUUUGCGGACAUCAGCCAGAAAACGCGCAUUGGAGAAACUGAAAGAUGUGAUUAUUGAGAUCAUGAAAUUUAUUUAAUCUUUUGAGUGAUGAUGUGUUUAAGGCAAAUAAGGCGGCAGAUAUGUUUGCCAUAGAGAGAAACAGGAUUGAUGCGUUUUUUAAUCGUCCUGAACAACUGCGGGUGCAAUAUGUGAUGCCGGAUGGCGGGUUGAUCCUCUAGUAGUUAGAUGGCAUGGGGGUAUAAUUGUAAAUUUCCUAAAGAUAUUUGUUCUUGGGGAUGGUUUAUAGUUGUGCAUAGACAGGUAGUAUCAGAGGCGUCUGUUAAAAGAAUAAGUAUAAAAUUCAUUCAAAUAUUUCAUAUAUGUUAUUUUUUAUUAUUCUGAUCUUUUCUUUUGUUUAAGUUGUUAGUCUUUAUAUCAGGUUGCAACUAAUUGAGGGGCCUAUUUGCAACUUUGGCUGAUUUGUGGUUUUGGAGUUAGUUCCAGGGGCUUAGUGUAACAUGGGAUAUUUCUAGUAUAAAAGAGAAGUAUAGCUGCUAGGGUUCAUUUGAUUAUUCUCCCCAAAAGACACUCUCACAGUUUAUAUCAAGUGCACAGGCAAUUUUCUCUCAAGUACAUCGACGAUUAGGGUUUCAAGACCCUUCUUUAAUCAUCGCAGCUCUCAGGCUCUCAGUAUAAUCUGUCUGUGGAGAUCCGCUGUGAUUUGCUAUUCAUACUGUUGAUAUUUAUCGGUUCAGCUUGUUGUUAGUCUCACCUGUGAGAUCUUGAUCCUGUAUAGGUCAGGUUGUAUUCGUUCUUGUUAUCUUUCUAUCUUUGUAUUCAUAGAUCAACUGAUUUAUUAAAUCAGUCGAUCUAAACUUGUGUUCAUCAGAUCUUAGUUCAUGUAAGAUCGAGGGUUUGGGGGGUGUUUUUGGUUUGGGUUAAAUAAUAAAGUUUUACGUCACGAUUUGUCGCUUCUCGUGUGUUUUAUGUUGUUCUUUGUGUUUUUAUAUCGAUCGAUCAUACUAUUUUGACAUGGUAUCAGAGCAAUAGGCUCUGAUCGAUUAUCAUCAAUUAAUAGAUUAUUGUUCUUCCGCUGCUUUGGUACGUUUUUCUACUUGGUUUUUUUGUUUUGAAAGCCAGAGAUUUGGGCGUGUUUGGUUCAUCACAUAUCUGGCAUGAUUUAAGGUGUUAGGGUUUUGAUUAAAACCCUAACUGUCUUUGUUCUUGAACGGCAGUCUUUCUGCAUACAUGUUUGUAGAAGUCUUUACAUCAGGAAUAGGAUUUGUAACCAUGGAUUGGUAUUCUUGCGUCUAUAAAGGCUGUAAGUCUUUCUGUCUUAAUUUUGUAUUUUUUAUUACGCGAUUAUUGGUUCUGUUAGGCUUUCUAUGACCAGGUUAGGAGUAUUGGUGAUUUAUACUCUGCACUUUGUUUUGUUCUUGCGCUUGCUUUGUUCACCGUAGAUAAUGUCUUGAUUAAUUGCUUCUGUUUUAGGAGUCUAUUAUCAUGUUGUUGGAAAACACAUAUAGUUUCAUAAAUAUAAAAAAAAAAAAAAAAAAACACAACCUAUGUCUAGAUGUUCAGUUAAGGUUUUCCCAGAGAACAUCAUUUGAAUGGUUAACUAGCAUAUUCUUGUUUUGAUUGUUCUGUAUGUUUAGUGGGUUGCUUAGUGUGGUAGUUCAGUGCUAUCAUGGUUAACUAACAUGAUCUCGAUGUUGUUAUUGAUGGAGGAUUGGUGUGUCAAGAAGAUACCCUAGUUUUGUUCAUUUUUAUUGUCACACAUAAAUCGUUGUUUAGGCAUUAUUUUGUACUGAGUUAGAUGGAUCAGUGUGUAUUGCUUUGUUGUGUGAUAAUUUGCUUGUUGUAUAUCGCAUUAGUAUGAUGUUUUGAGUAUUUCUUCAUUCUGUCACAUGAUUGUUCGAUCUCAUAUGAUUGGGUAUUGUGUUCUUGAAUCUGUAAUGUGCUAUGUGAUAUUAUUGAUUUAACUGUAUAAGUUUUGUAUGGUUAUCAACUUAUCAUUUGGCUUGCAAGAUUGUUGGUUAUUGUCAUCAUUGUGGUAUAGUGUUCUGGUCAUUGUCUUUGCAUUGUUUCCCUUGAUAAAUUACCUGUUGCUUGUGUUAAUGAUUACCACAUAGCUAUGUUACAAUUCCUGAUAGAACGACUAGUGGAAUUUUUUAGACAAUUUAUGCCAACUAUGGUUUGUUUGAUUGUCUUUGCCAAUAUGUUAUUUUAACUAGGUUCUUUGGUCUUUGCAUAUUUUUUGUUACUUUGUUAGUGUCUGUACUGCUUUGAUCUUUUGUUGAAGAGCAUACAGGUCAGAUCUUGUGAAAUCUGUUUAAUUCUGAUGUGGCACAAACCUAAAGUAGAGCUUGAUGGAAUUUGGUGGGAGAUUGCUGACUUCUUUUUUGAAGACCUGUGUUAGUCUCUGUAACCCCAGAAGGUUCAGGGUAAACUAACCGGGUGUGCUUGAUUGUGACGUGGCCAGAUUGUGUAGUUCUUGAAAACUACAAAUUUGGUCUCUCUAAGAGUUUUAUGCACUCUCUGUAAGGUCUUUCUAUUUUGUAUCGUUUUAUUUUUGUUGAUUAUAUUAGUUGAAGUCUGGGUAGUGAGGACCAGAAUCUCCUUGGUUGGUCAUUUGUUCUAUGUUCGUGUCUGUCUGUCAUCUGUAUUAUUUCUGUGGUUUUUUGGUUGUGUUCGCAGUUGUUGUAUUGGUUCUGUGUCUUAGAUUGUGGCUCCUGAGUAAAGGCAUGUCCAGGCACCUUAGAGUGAUGAACCUGGAAUCUUGUCCCUGACUCAGCUUCGCCUUAGGGUUGUUUUCUGUUUGUAUUAGGGUUGUUUAUCUGCUUCUUUUGUUGGUCUAAUCUGUGAUAUUUCCGUCUGUUCUAGUACUUUCUUGAGUGUGAUUGUAUGGUAUUAGACUAGUAUAAUAAAAUCUUGUUAUUCUUACGAAGUUUGAAAUGUUUGUGUACUAAUGGGCUUGUUUCUUGUAGAUUAUGUAUUGAUUAUCGUGUGGUAAUCUAUAGGGUUGUCUUGUGGGUGUUUCAUGUUGUAUUUUGAUUAGAUAUUUGUUGUAUUUGAGUAUCGGUUCUUGUUUCUUGAAGUUUAAAGUGGGUUGUUGUUGUUUGAUACACAUGAUUACAAGUCUUGUCUUGUCUUAGAAGUCGUAUGAUGCUAUGUUUAUCAGAUGUGUGGUCUAAUAAUGUUAUGUUUUCAUAUGCUUUUAUGAUAAUAAGUAUUUGAUCAUUGAAUCUUGUGAUUCUGUAUUUUGGUUGAGUUGUUCAAAAGUUGUAUUCUGGUAUGUGUAUCGACUUGUUAUCUAACUAGCGUCUUUGUCUAGAAGAUUGCUUUUGUUUUUUAUCUUCUUUGUAAAAGACUGUCUGUGUAGUAUGUAUGUUCAUUGUUUGAUUCACAUGUAAUAUUCUAAUUUUGUGGAUAUAUAGUCUUGUGCUUUCGUUAAGUUUAGACCUGAAAAAUGUUGUUGAUUUGUGUAGUGUGAAUCUUUGUCUUGGGUCAUGUGAUUCAACUCUGUUUUUGGACUGUAGAAGUGUCUUCUGGUUGUAGUCCGUAUGUCUUAAUGUCUUUUGCUGUAUGAUUAGUCAAACUGUGUGGUUUGAGUGUUCUCUAAUCAAUUGUUUCGCCAAGGUUGUCCUUGAUGUCUAUGUCUGUUUGUCUAUAGUCUUAUUUGUAUGGUUAGCUGAACUGUGUGGUUCAUGUUUAACCGAUGUUUUUUUGUGAAGACUAUUUUGUAUAUGUGUGACAGCUUAGUAUAUUGUCUCGUGUGAGAUAUAUUGUUCUGGUUACAAAUUGUGUAAUUUUGUGGUUAAUCAGGAUUUGUUUGGCUGCAUCUUAUUGUCUUGCGUAUGUCUCUUUAUUCUUAGCCUUGUGUGUGGACAUUAAAUCAUAUGAUUUUGUGUUUUUUUUGUUGAGGCUAGAAUUGUUGUCUGUUAUAGGAGUGUAUACUUCUCAUAUAUCAGUGUUGUAUGAAUCGUGUGAUUCUUGCCUGUUGUGAUGUUAGUCAUGUAUGUUUUUUCUCUUAUGUAAGAGAUGUGUUUUGAUUGUAUAUUUAGCCAGAGUCUGUAUUGGCUAUCAUUGUUGUCUGAUAUUUUUUAUCGUAACAUUUUGUCUGUGUUGUAUAAAUAUUUGGCGUUACUACUGUUUAUCUUGUUAAAGCUUGUAAAAAUGCCAUAUGAUCAGUUUGUAUGAAUCCUGGAAAAAUGGCAGACUUGGUUACAAAAAAAAGGUUGAGUUAUGUUCAGCAUGGUCUGGUUUGUUUUGAGUUAGAUCUAGUUGACAUGUUUGCUGUUUAAAUCAAGGGGGGAUGUUAAAAAUAAUAGUGAUCAAAACACAAACAUGUCAAGUGGACUUGUUAUUCAACAUGGCUGAACUUAUUACUGGGACUUUAUAAUAAACUGUGAUACAUAUACAUAUAUUGUGAUUGGGCUCUUGAAUGGGUUGGACUUGUUUGUUCAGUCAGUAGUAACUGGAUUGAGACAAAUAUGUUCAGCUGUUAUAUUUGUAAGGGUUGGAAUUGUAACUUCUCAGGGGGUGCGAUCAUAAGUGCUAUUUCUUGUGGGUUUGAAGUGUAACUUAGACUUUUGCAGGAUAUAAGAGUAUUUUUUGUAAGGGUUCUAGAACCUUCAGAUGUAUUGUUUCGCACUCUUUCAUCUUCUUCGUUCCAGUUGUAAAUCAGCCUGUUUCAAUCAGCCUGUUUCAAUCCUCGUUCAAGUUCUGAUCUGAUGUAGAUCAGUUCUGAGACGUCUUCAGCUGAUGUUGAAGAUCGAAGACUGUUCGUUUUCAGCUGUGUUCCAGAUCUUGCAGAUCGUCUUUGUUCAGGUUGUGUCGUUUCAUUCUAGUUGUUGUUAUUUCGAUUAGUCAACUGUUCGUUAUCAGUUGAUUAAGUACUCUGUAUUGGUUGAUUUUUGAUCUUACAGUUAGUAAGAUCUUGGGCGGUUUGGGAGAUUUCUGAGUUGGUUUUAAGUUGUUACAGUUGUUAACAAACAGGUUGUUUAAGUGGGAUUUGUUAAGCUGGUUUCAUAUUUGAAUGAAGGGGGAAUGUUAAAAGAAUAAGUAUAAAAUUCAUUCAAAUAUUUCAUAUAUGUUAUUUUUUAUUAUUCUGAUCUUUUCUUUUGUUUAAGUUGUUAGUCUUUAUAUCAGGUUGCAACUAAUUGAGGGGCCUAUUUGCAACUUUGGCUGAUUUGUGGUUUUGGAGUUAGUUCCAGGGGCUUAGUGUAACAUGGGAUAUUUCUAGUAUAAAAGAGAAGUAUAGCUGCUAGGGUUCAUUUGAUUAUUCUCCCCAAAAGACACUCUCACAGUUUAUAUCAAGUGCACAGGCAAUUUUCUCUCAAGUACAUCGACGAUUAGGGUUUCAAGACCCUUCUUUAAUCAUCGCAGCUCUCAGGCUCUCAGUAUAAUCUGUCUGUGGAGAUCCGCUGUGAUUUGCUAUUCAUACUGUUGAUAUUUAUCGGUUCAGCUUGUUGUUAGUCUCACCUGUGAGAUCUUGAUCCUGUAUAGGUCAGGUUGUAUUCGUUCUUGUUAUCUUUCUAUCUUUGUAUUCAUAGAUCAACUGAUUUAUUAAAUCAGUCGAUCUAAACUUGUGUUCAUCAGAUCUUAGUUCAUGUAAGAUCGAGGGUUUGGGGGGUGUUUUUGGUUUGGGUUAAAUAAUAAAGUUUUACGUCACGAUUUGUCGCU